UGUCUAGGAUUUAUCUCAUUGUCUAGUCAAAUUGAUCACAUAUAUUCAAAGUAAAAUAUAUCUUAGCUCUUGUUCUUACAAUAAUUUAGUUCUUACUCAAAGUCCUUACAAUAAUGGAAGAUAAAAAAGUUUGCCAUCAGUGUCGUGGAAAAUCUGAAAAUUUUAUGAGAUGUAAGAAUCUGAAAAAGCAAAAACAAUGUAAACUGAAGUUCUGUAAAAGGUGCCUCUUGAACAGGUACGGAUUGAAAAUUGAAGAAGUGGGGCUUUUGGAUGAUUGGAAAUGUCCAAAAUGCCGAGAUAAAUGCAACUGCAGUGUUUGCCUAACCAAAAAGGGUUAUAAACCUACUGGCAAACUGAUCAGGGCAACAAAAUCUGAGGGUUAUGAUUCUGUGUCACAAAUGCUUGACACAAAAGGUGACGAAAUUCUAAAAUCAGUUGCUCCCAUUCAUGAUGAUGAUGAUGAUGAUGAUGAUAUCACCAUAGCAGCGUUAUUAUUGAACGAUAAGGAGACUUCAUCCAAUGGACAAGAGAAAAGAAAGGUAUCUCCUGAAGGCUUUAGAAAGGAAAAGAAAACGAAAAAGAAUGAGUCUCCAUCAAAAGAGAAUUAUAUCGAUUUCAAGCAACAAAUUUGA